UACUUGCGAAUGGUUACUUCUUCUUGUGCCUCAUUUUCAACAAGCGGAAGGCUGAGUUUCAGAAAGAAAGAUGCUGUUAUGAAGUGAAAGAUGCAUGUUAACACAGUUGGGGACCAAAUUACAUUACGUUUCAGCACAGAUUGGAUAUUUUACUGAAAAUUCAAAUUGCUAAAGACAACAAGGAAUUAUAAGGAAAAGUAUGGAAUCAUUUUCUUUGGAGACAGAUGACAGGACAGAUGAGGAGAGGGCUAAGGCCAAAGCGAUGAGAAAGGAUCGACAUGCAGGUGGAAAGGAUAAAGCACCAAUGGACACUGACCUUGCAGAGGACCAUGGUGAAAUUUCUUGCCAAGUCAAAUUCAACCUGAGAUUUUCUGACAACAUACAAGGGAUUAAAGCCAAACCAGAUCACGAGAAGUUUGACAUCAACAGGCUUUUUGAUGCUGUGGCCAGUGGUGAUGUCACUAGGCUGGAGGGCCUGGAGGAGUAUUUGUGUAAAACAAACAAGAAGCUGACAAACAGUGAAUAUCGACCCAAUGGGAAGACGGCUCUGAUGAAGGCUCUGCUAAACCUGAAAGAUGGAAAUAACAAAACAGUGGAGCACUUGCUGGGUAUUGCGGAGAGACUGAAACAUCUGGAUAAGUUAGUGAAUGCAGCAUAUACAGAUGAUUACUAUGAAGGACAGACAGCUCUUCAUAUAGCCAUUGAGAGAAGAAAUAAGUACUUUACUAAGCUGCUCAUUCAGAAAGGGGCUAAUGUCCAUGCAAAGGCCUGUGGAACAUUCUUCCAGCCACUUAGUGAAACAUGUUUCUACUUUGGGGAGCUUCCACUUUCUCUGGCAGCGUGUACUAAUCAGAAAGACAUGGUGGACCUGCUGAUGGAUAAAGCAGACGUGAGGUAUACGGACACUCUGGGCAACACAGUUCUCCAUGCUCUUGUGAUGGUGGCUGAUAACAGUCCUGAAAAUACAGACUUUGUCAAAUCCAUGUACGACCACAUUCUUACCAAAGAUGCUGUUAAGAAUCCUGAAGAAAAGAAGCUGGAGGACAUCGAGAACGAUGAAGGAUUUACUUCUAUAAAGCUGGCUGCAAAGCUAGGAAAGAUUGGGCUUUUUGAACACAUUCUGCAUCGCGAGUUCCAUGAAGACGAGUGCAGGCAUCUGUCACGAAAGUUCACAGAGUGGGCAUAUGGCCCAGUGCAUGCUUCACUAUACGACCUGGACUCUGUUGACACCUACGAGCCAAACUCUGUCCUGGAGAUAGUUGUUUAUGGCACAGAAAUACCUAAUCGUCUCAAUAUGCUCCAAAUUGAACCACUUAAUCAACUGCUGGAAGACAAAUGGAACAGAUUUGCCUACCGGAUAUUCUUGGUCAAGUUUAUUUUUUAUCUCAUGUAUCUCACCAUCUUCACAGCUGUUUCUUAUAACCGUCCAGAAGGAAAACCCCCAUUUUCAAUGGCAACCUAUGUUGAGGAAAAUGGUGCAGGAAUUAUUCCUUAUGGCUACUUAACGCUUGCCGGAGAGGUCAUCAUGACUAUUGGAUCACUCUACUUCUUUGUUACUGUGCUGGUGGAUAUAAAGAAAAAGCGGCCAAGUCUAAAAACACUGCUGGAAGAUGGGUAUUCGGAGGUGCUUUUUUUAUUCCAGGCUGUGCUCUUUCUAAUCUGUGUGGGGCUGUAUUUCAACGGGAAGCUGGAGUAUCUUGCCUUCCUGGUGCUCAGUGUGGCUCUGUGCUGGAUUAAUCUGCUCUACUUCUCUAGAGGAACCCAACACAUGGGCAUCUACAGCGUUAUGAUUCAGAGGAUGAUCCUUGGCGACAUCUUGCGCUUCCUCUUCGUCUACAUGGUCUUCCUCUUUGGAUUUUCAGCAGCUGUGGUGACUCUACUCAAAAGUGACUCUCAAGUCCCGAAUAACAGCACGAAAGGAAGGUCUCUGUUUUCGAAUUUUGAGACAGGCACAACAGAAGGCUGCAAAAAACCCACCUUUAAAACCAUUGCCUUCACCACUAUGGAGCUAUUUAAGUUCACUAUAGGCAUGGGCGACCUGGAGUUCACGGAGGACUACGAGUAUAAACACGUAUUUUAUGUGCUGCUCAUAUCCUACAUUGUGCUCACGUACAUUCUGCUGCUGAAUAUGUUAAUUGCUCUAAUGAGCAAGACUGUGGAGAAGAUGUCCAAGGAAAGCACCAGUAUCUGGAAACUACAGCGUGCCAUCACCAUCUUGGAUCUGGAGAGAUAUGCAUGCUGUCUGAAGGCAAAGUUGCGUUCAGGAGUGAAGAGGAACCUGGGCAAGAAAGAGGAGGACUGGCGCUGGUGUCUCAGAGUGGAAGAAGUCAAUUGGAAAAAAUGGAACCGCAACUUGGGCAUCAUCAGCGAGGAUCCUGGAGAAUACAACACAGUAAUACAAACUGAACGUCAAACAGAGCACAGCCGGCGUGGGUUCCUGCGUGAAAUCAGCCGACGGAGGCCCCCCACUCGUGUACCCCUGGCAAGCCAGGAGACAGAACGCCUGGCAUUUAGUCCAGUGUAACAGAAUUGGAAACGAUAGAAAAUAUAUUUGAGCGCUCAUCCAAACUGUAUUUAGCCCACAAGAUGUGCCAUUUUGGAGACACCCAGACCCAGUCAUCUCGCCAUCACAAUUUGGCCCUUGUCAAAGUCGUUCAGAUCCUUACGCUUGCCCAUUUUUCCUGCUUCCAACACAUCAACUUCAAAAACUGACUGUUCUCUUGCUGCCUAAUAAUAUAUCCCACCCCUUGACAGGUGCUGCUGUAAUGAGAUAACAUUGAUUAUUCACUUCACCUGUCAGUGGUCAUAAUAUUAUGGCUGAUCAGUGUGUUUAAUAUAUACAUAAAACAGUUAUUCCAUGAAAUCGAGUUGUACAUGAGCUGAUAGCUGAUGAGGUGCAUAGCACCAAGUUGGCUAUAAGCUGUGUACAACGAGAUUGAGUGGAAUAACUGUUUUAUUCUAUCCACAUUCACUGAAUUUUGAAAAAUGGAGCAUUUUUAUUUUUAGCAACUUCGAUCAAUAAAAACUUUAUACAAAACGUCUGACAAAAUAAUUUCCGCUUAAAAUGCAAAAAAAAAGAAAACAACAAAAACGGUGAAACGACAGGAGCAAUUUAUGAAACAUGCUAUAAUCAUUAUUCUUGAAAAAUAAAAAUACAUUCUUAUCAUCAAAUACUUUUACUGCUUUUUUUGUAUUUUUUGGGUUUUAUUUUCGAGUAGUUUUUAUUUCGUCCUCAGUUGGUUCAGUAACGCGCCGCCAUUUUCUUUUCUUCUUUUUUGGCGGUUUGGCACCACCGACUGGGCUGGAGUGUAGAACAAGAGAUAUGGGGUGGGGGGAAACUAAUAUUCUUUUAUUUAGCUAUUUCUGUUUCUUUUAAAUACUUGAUAAAGUGAUAUAUCUGACUUGACGCACUCUGCCAUUUUGUUUUUCUCUAUUCGCGGUAUAUGAGCUGAUAUCCUAGUAGUAGAGUAGCCAAUCAGACUGCCUGAUUGCUCAUAUCCAAUGAAAAAAAAAAUUAUAUAACACACAACUAGCACUGACAAAAUGUUUUCUAUAUUCAGCCACUAAUGAUAAUAGCCAAUAGAGGUCAGCAACUAACAGCUCACAAGACAAACCCAGUUGAAACGGCCAACUGGUGAAACAGAAGUCUUUCCCCUUCAUAAGCAGUGUUCAUUUAUUUCAGUUAAAAUCAUCACAAACAAACUAACACUAUUUCAGUGAUUUUUUUUACUACUACUACAGUAAUAAUAAUAAUAAUAAUAAAAAUAAAAUUAUUAUUUUUAUUAUUAUCUUCUAAACAUAACAUCAAGAUUUGCACUGUAAUCCAACAACUUUGCCUGGAAUGAAGCAGGAAAAAUGGAAGAAGCUCUCAUAGUAGCAUUCGAACAUAUACACAUUACAUUAAUUUAAUGUCCUGUCAUUGCAUGUUGGUGGAUUACAAAUUGGCAGGAAGCUACAAGGUAGUGGAUAGAGCAAUUUGUACAGGCCACUUUGUGUAUGUAAUGCAUCCUUUGGUUAACUAAUACUAACCAAACGUAGGAUAGAUAGCAAGUGUACUAGAUAGCUGUAACUUACAUCUAUACAUUUUUAUUUUUAAAAAAUAUUUUAUACCUAGGAUUUGAUUUCAAAUCUCAAAAUGAAAUGUAAACGCACUGUUAGUACAUUGGUGAUUACGUAGACAUAUAAACAUAGACGCCGCAUUGAGCUGGUGGCCCGUUGCUGGGAUACGUCAGAGUGUCCGCCAUAUUGGAUGUGGCAAAUCUUCCCUGUAAACCAAUGCAAGUAAAUGGACUGAACUUCAUAAAGCCCCUUUCUACAAUAAUAUUUAACUCGAUGCCUUUUAUUCACCCAUUAAGACACACACGUAUAUAUUUGGGAAACAAACAGGCAUCAAAACAACACAUAUAACUUUUAAUGUGAUGGUUAUAAAUAGUGUGCGAAAUACCCUGUACACUGCAAACUAGCGACAGAUACGCGAUAGAUAGCUCAGGUAAGCUAAUCAGUCAGCAUACCGUAGCAAGCUACCAAAACCUGAGGCCACAAUAACCAACCUACAAGACUGAAUAUGAUAAAUGAUGGAAAUAGUGGGGAAAAACUGGAAAUAGUGAAUGAAAAUAAAAAUGUACUGUUUUAUUUAUUGAGUCACCACACAGACCUACUCUCGUUGAAUAAAGUGAGCUGAAUGACCGCCAAACUGAGUUCGGCCAGGUUCUAACGUCAUACCAAAACAAAAUACAUCACUGAUUCCUUCACAUUCAGAAAGGUUAAAAACAUUCAUCAUACGUUCAAAAACGCUCAUCAUAGUGUGGCACUGUAUUCUCUAAUUCUCACUGCUUAUAACUCUACACCUCCCCGGUGGAGAUGAGCUGGGAAACUGAAUACUGAAGGAACAGCUCCCUCUCUGAUCCUGACUGUCUGACCUGUUCUGUCAAAAUCCUCCGUUCUGAAGUGUUCACUGCAGAGCAUGGAUGACGGAGUAGCAGAAAACCCUUCCCGUCUCACAGCUGUCUCCCACUGCUUUUUCAUGUCUUUAUUUUUGGGAAACCUACAUAGUAUGUGAAAAGUUAGCUAAGCAACUAACAACAAUCAGCGUAGUUACGAAGGAAAUACUUCGUUGUUUGGAGACAGGUUUCACCGAGCGGCUAUUAUGUGCGAGACUUCAUAUUAGCCGCAAAGUCAGAAAAAUCUGUUCAUAAAAUUACGUUAUAAUGACCAAAUACAAUGAAAAGUAUUUUUCCAGUCUCACCUGUGAAAGGUAAUCCCAUGUGAUCUCGUUUGGACGGUAAACCUGUUGGUACAGUUAAACGCAGCACAUGAAUGAGGCAUCUUUAUUCUCGGCUACUGUCUAGACGCUAUACCAGAGACGGUUGAAGAAUCUCCACUUUGCCACAUCCAAUAUGGUGGCGAGGAUGACGUAUGAUUUUACACAGAAGGCGGCGUCUAUGUUUAUAUGUCUAUGGGUGAUUAUAUCAAAAUAACAUGGCACCUACUGGACAUUAAUUUGAGUGCUCAGGCUUGUCAAAGUGUGGAAAGUGUUACCACAGCAGUUUUUCCCACAUCCUUUUAAGCAAUAUGGGAAUGAAAAACUCUGGAAAAUCUGAAUUAGUUUGGGACACAUAAUGGGCAAGUGUUACUGCAUGAAAUAUCAGAUCCAAUCCUGUUACAGUACGCAAAUUCAGGCCAUGCAACAUCAGGAUUAUAGAUGGAAGGUAGUCGAUUUGCACGGUUAAUAGUGUCUCGAAAUGCAUGGUCAGAGAAUCUGAAAUAACUGAUGAACUUGGAGGCACAUCUUUCAUUUAAAGUUUUUGCUAACUUAAAUGUAGGUCACUUUAAUUUUAAAUGCAAGUUAAAAUCAGUAUGUCAAUGUUGAUAUUGUCUUCAACUGUGUUUUUGAAGAUUAGGAUGCUAUUUAAAUGGACAUUUCUUGUUAAUUUUUUUUUAAUGUAAAGUUUCUUUGUAAAACAGAAAUGUUAUUCUUAGCCACACGAUGAAAAUAUUAUAGCCUACUCAAUGAUGCAUAUGGAAAUUAAGCAUGAUGUAUGUUUGAUAUGAAUACUGUGAUUUUUCAACAUGCAAAUUGUACACUUGCAGUAAAUGUUGAUGAUUAGCCAAUAGGCUAUAAAGAAUGGCCUCAUUGUGCACAGUGAAGUUAAUGGAAGUCUUGGUCAUGCUGCCCUCUUGUGGUAUGGUGGAGCUGCUGCUUGCAAGUCCUUGGAAAGGACAUAAUGGGUGCUUUUAAAGUUAUUUGUCUUUCUGAGUGGGUGGCACGGUGGUGUAGUGGUUACAGCAAGAAGGUCCUGGGUUCGAGCCCAGCGGCUGGCGAGGGCCUUUCUGUGUGGAGUUUGCAUGUUCUCCCCAUGUCUGCGUGGGUUUCCCCCGCAGUCCAAAGACAUGCAGGUUAGGCUAAUUGGUGGCUCUAAAUUGACCGUAGGUGUGAAUGUGAGUGUGAAUGGUUGUUUGUCUUUGGUGGGGUUUACAUUAGACCGUAUCAGCGGAUCAUCAGAUUAACGUUUGUAAAACGAUUCGCGUGCACACAGCAACGCCAAUACACGGAUACGCUCGGCUCCACAGGCAUCCUGCGCUCCAAAUCACUCCGCCCUGAACAGCGAGUGCCCUCUGGAGGGUGCGCAAUCCGGCCCUGCGCAGCUCACAGAGCGCGCGAGUGAAGCGCACGAGCAGUGAUUCGGGACUGAGCCUCUGUGUGUGUGAUCCCAGUGCAUAUCGGGCAUGCGCGUCACUUACCACUUGCAAGUGGAAGGAUGGCAAGCCUAAAGACAAUCAUAACUACACAAUGGGCAGUAUUUGCAUCAGUAUUUUCAUACUUUUAUACUCUUUAAUGAAAGGUGAUACAAGGCGGAAGUCCGCGCCGUUUUUCAGCAGUCGCGUCACAUGACCAACGCCAGCGAAUCAGGAAGGUGGAUGUCACAGUGACGUUGUCCAAUGAUGAUGCCAGGUAGAGCUCAGCACAGCGUAUCCGCGUAUUCUCAAUGUUUACACAGCACCGGACCAGACACGAUCUGGAUUGAAUACGUGGACCCUGGCGGAUUCCCGUUUCCCGGCGUUUCCAGGCGUUUUAAUGUAAACGGACAGUGCAUCCGCAAAGAAAACGAGACAGAUACGGUCUAAUGUAAACUUGGCCUUUGUGUCAGCCCUGCGAUAACCUGGCGACUUGUCCAGGGUGUACCCCGCCUCUCGCCCAUAGUCAGCUGGGAUAGGCUCCAGCUUGCCUGCGACCCUGUAGGACAGAAUUAGUGGCUACAGAUAACCAAUGGAUCGAUGGAUGUUGUUCUGAGCUGCUGUGAUAUACGUUUAUUCAUUGGUUUCUUGGUCGUCAACCAUGCAAUCUCUCAAAUAUGGUUAGACAUUAACCUGUUAUGGUUUCAUCUUUUCAAGAAAUCUUUUACAUACAUAGAUACAGUACAUGAAAUCUCCAUCUAUGACCAAUACUGGAAAUUGUGUAGAAAGAGAAUCCACCUAGCUCUCUAAAACGAAUCUGAUUCAUAUUAUUGAUGCAAUUAUGACUCAUUAAAAUGAAAUAAACCUCCACUCAGAAAA